CUUUCAUUUCUUUUCAUUUUGGACGAGCCGGCUUACUUUGAAGAGAGGGAGUGAAGUGUGAGCGGACGUCCCCUUCUUCAGUUCGCCAUUUUCAUUAAUCCAGCUCCACCCGAUAAGUAUAUUUUCACUUUCUUUCGUCUCGCUUCUACUCUUUCACGUCAAUUACUUCUCUGGCAAUGGUUGCAUUUCUUGUUUGUAUGUUUUUUUUUUUUUUUCAUUUUCUUUUAGUUUAUUCACUAUCUUCCUCUUUUCUCCUAAGAAUUUGAAUCUGUGUUGUGAAUGUUAGGGCUUCUUAUUCAUACUUAGAUUGUAAAUCCGAUUUCCAAUUAUUAUACCAAUCAAAUUUAACCCAUCGUUACUUUAUUUAUUUAUUUUUUUCUAGUGAAUUUCGAUUUCUUAUGUCUUUUCAGUUUUAGUUUUCGUUUAUCUUCUCUUAUUAGCUUUUCAUCUUUGUGUUUAAAGAAUUUUUCAUUCAUAAGAUAGUUGAAGUUUUCAAGUGCCGGUUUUAGCUUGAAUUUGAAUUUCUUUUGUUUUUUUGUGGCCGUUUACGUUCUCUUAUUAGUAAUUAUCCUUCGUUGCAAGAGUUUAGCCAUUGUGUCAUGAAUGUCUUUUGUAAUGAUGUGAUAUAGGCAUCAAUUAUCUAUGAAAAAUAUUUUAUAAUAUUUUUGAGAUAUUCAACCUACUUUUACAUUGUUUUUGUAUGGCACUAAUCGAUUUCUCUGUAAUUCAAUUACAUAUAGAUGUACAUUGGGCAUCGUUUCAUGUUAGUAUUCACUCAUUAAUUCUCUGGAGAUCAUUGUAUGGGGUAAGAUUAUGUUAAAGAUGAUGCCCCGUAAUUCAAAUCUCACUAGCAUAUGUUUACUUUGUAAUAUCGAUCCUUUAUAAGGUGCAGCUAGCUAGCCAACCUAUUUUUAUUCGGAGAGGCCAAUCCUCAGCCUAGAAAGCACAAGUUGCGUGGGGCAAAAACAGAUUUUAAUGAUGAGCAAGCUAGCAUACACGGUAUGCUUUUUUGGUGAACGAAAUGAAGGGAAGGCAAACCACUAAAGAUAGAGGAAGUAAAAAGUUGUGAGGGACGAGCACCAUGACAACCACCAGUACAUCAUGAUUACUAAUAUAUAUAUAUAUAUAUAAUUUAAAUCUAUCUAUGUAUAAAACACAGCCUUCAAUUCCUUUGUUCCUCAAAGUUUGCUCUCUCUUUCAAACCCGCUAUUUUCCACCUCAAAUCCUCCAACUCCUCAACUCAAACCCUAAGCCAAUUUUUCAAUUUCCUACCUUACGAUUCUUAUCAGCUUCUUCCAAUCAGUCAUGGCUUUCAGUACCUGGUAAACCUGUCAUCAAUUGGCCUCACCAGCCCUUCACUCCCCCACACCCAGAAACCACCUCGAUCCCUAAACCUGACCCGAUCCCCAGCUUCUCAUACAAUGAAUUCUCCAUCAUUGGUGACUUGCUCAGAGACCCCAGCAUAUCCCCUGGUUCGUCAUUCCAUAGUGUGUUGGACCAGACUGGAAUCGAGCCGGGUCCGGAUAUGUUACAAGCUGUGUUCGACCACUUUGAUUCUUCUCCCAAGUUGCUGCAUUCACUCUUUCUUUGGGCUAAAAGGAAACCUAGGUUUCAACCCACUGAGUUGCUCCUCAGCUCCAUGAUCAAUGUCCUUGCUAAAUCAAGGGAGUUUGACUCUGCAUGGUCUCUAAUUCUCGAACAUGUCAAUAAAGAUGAGGAACCCAACUUGGUUUCUGGAGAUGCAUUUGUGAUAAUGAUCAGGCGAUAUGCUCGUGCAGGUAUGCCCCAAUCUGCAAUUCGAACAUUUGAAUUUGCAAGUGGUUUAACUUCAAUUCUCAGUCCCACUUCAGAAAUGAGUUUACUAGAGAUUUUGUUGGAUUCCCUAUGCAAGGAAGGCCAUAUUAGGGUAGCUUCAGAGUACUUAAAUAGGAAAAGGGGGUUGGACUCAAACUGGAUACCAUCAGCGCGGGUCUAUAAUAUACUGUUGAAUGGCUGGUUUCGAUCAAGGAAGCUCAAACAGGCAGAGCGGUUAUGGAUUGAGAUGAAGAGGGAGAAUGUGAGACCUUCAGUUGUAACAUAUGGUACCCUUGUGGAAGGUUAUUGUCGGAUGCAUCGUGUUGAACGGGCUAUUGAAUUGGUGAAUGAGAUGAGAAUGGAAGGAAUUAAGCCUAAUGAAAUUGUAUACAAUCCAAUAAUUGAUGCACUGGGGGAAGCAGGGAGGUUCAAGGAGGCAAUGGGAAUGAUGGAGCGCUUUUUGGUUCUAGAAUCAGGUCCUACUGUCUCAACAUACAAUUCUUUGGUGAAGGGCUAUUGUAAGGCUGGAAAUCUUGAAGGUGCUAGUAAGAUCCUUAAGAUGAUGAUAAGUAGGGGUUUUUUCCCAACUGCAACAACAUAUAACUACUUCUUUAGGUACUUUUCAAAGUUUGGGAAAAUUGAGGAGGGAAUGAACCUUUAUACUAAGAUGAUUGAAUCUGGGUAUACUCCAGAUCGGCUUACAUACCAUCUUUUGUUGAAGAUGUUGUGUGAGGAGGAGAGACUUGACUUGGCAAUUCAAGUUGGCAAAGAAAUGAGAUCCAGAGGAUGUGAUAUGGACUUAGCGACAAGCACAAUGUUGAUCCAUUUGCUUUGCAAUAUGCAUGCACUGGAACAGGCUUAUGCAGAGUUUCAGGAUAUGAUAAGACGGGGUAUAGUUCCUCAGUAUCUUACUUUCAAGAGAUUGCAUCAUGAAUUAAAGAAAAGAGGAAUGACUGAAAUGGUUCGUAAACUAUCUGAUAUGAUGUCUUCUGUUCCUCAUUCUACGAGGCUGCCAAACACAUACCUUGGAGAUGGAGAUGUAUCUCAUGCUAGGAGAACCUCUAUACUGCGGAAAGCUGAAGCAAUGGCUGUUAUGUUAAAAAAUUGUAAAGAUCCAAGGGAACUUGUGAAGUAUAGAAGGCCAUCUGAAAAUGCUGUAUCAAUUGCAAACCAGUUGAUAGGUGAUAUUAAGAAAAAAAGCUAGCACAUGAUUUAUUUUUUCUUUUUUUCUUUUUUGGAAUGUGAGGUUUAGUCAGCAAAAAAGUUUUGACUACUAUAUGCUACUGCCAGCAUUGGGUUAAGGACUCAAGAUGCAUGUGCAAAGAGAUAAGUUGAUAUCCAUAUGGACAUCCUAUUGAAAAGCUAGUUUAAAGGGCUUCUUUCUUCCUUAAGAGUUAGAUUGUUAAAUGUCAGAGGAGAUUUUCAGUUUUGUUAUAUCCAACAACCUGCUGGAAGACGUCUCAAAGGCAGUCAAGAGGUCCAAAAGGAGGUGAAUCGGCAUGUGAAAAUCAGUUACAGAUUUACAAGGUGGAGAAUCUAUGGAAUGCAAGUUGGAUUUUGAGCUAAAUGAAUAAUUUGUGAGACUAUGCUUGGAGUCUAAAACUAGGACUGGGCUUGGAAGGGCUGUUUUUUUUUUUGUGGGUGGGGGGGAAGGAAUUUCCUUCUGCUAAUUUUUCACAAGGUGUAUUGUGUACAAGGUUAUUGCAAAUGCUGGUAUUUUUGAGUCUUGAUUUCUGCAUAAUCAGAUGAUGUGGCUAAUGUUCUUGAUAGAUGUGCAGCAACCAGCCCUUGAAAGGUGCAUUAGUGAGAUAAGAGGUAGCUUUACAGUAUAGCUAUUUAGGACAAGGCAGUCUCUCUGGAAUCCGGAGAACAAUACUGCUGAUGAAGAAUAAUGGGGAGAUUCGUUGACGAUAUUGCUGGUAGGCACUGGCCUUUUGUGCAUGGGACUAGUCUGUAUUGGGCAAAAUGCUGCUAGGAUGUCUGGGGACUGACAAACUUUUAUUACUAUUUUUUAAAAAAUGCUAUUUCUUACUUCAAAAUCUUUAUAGGUUUUUUUAUUAUAUUCCCUGAUGUGGCUUCUUGGCUGUUGACGACAUGUUAGGUGAUGUAAAAUUCUUAAUAUGUAUAAAAUAUAAAUUAAUGAGAAAAUUCUAUGUAUUACAUUUUGUUAUUAAACAUUACUUGGUGAUAUUGCUCGGCA